GCCACAUGUUUGGGUUGAAAACCAUAUUUUUGUCUAUUACAAUAAAACAAUCUCAUUUUUUACCUGGAUCAAUAUAAGUGUUUAAGAGGAGGUAAAAUAAAUUAACAAUGAAAAGAUCACCUGGUGCUUCACUUUCUGCCCCUUCAAAUUCAAGACUGUCAUCACUCAGGGAUGGUAUUGAAACAGAUAAUGAGAUAAUCAGAAGACUGGAAAAUAAAUUAGGAUUCAAAAAACGAAAAAAUGCUUCUGCUCGAUGUUUUGAGGAUUUUGGACUUGGUGAUGUAUGGUCUAUCAUUGAAAAAGUUGAACCUAAACCUGAAGUAAAACGGCAAAAAGCUGAACCCAAAACUGAGGUAAAACGUAAAAAAGAAUGGAUCUCCGAAGACGAUUCAGAUAAUCAAAUGACAGAUGAUGAUGGACUGGAUUCAGCAGAUGAAAUCGAUGAUUCAAAUAAUAGUGAUGGUGAUGAUGAUAUCUCUGAUGAGGAACAAUCUACAGAAUUAAAAGAAGACAUUUAUGGGAGAUUAAGAGAUAGAGAGGGAAAUAUUAUCAAAGCCGAAUCAAAGGAGAAAAAUGACCAAGAAUCUGAACCAUCAGUCGAAGAUGAAAUUGAUGAAAAAGCAAUGAAAAGGAUACGAGGUCUUCUCAACCGUUUAUCUGCAAGCAAUCUCCAGACAAUUUCUUCAAGCGUUGAAGAUGUCCUAAAGGACUAUAGUUUAUUCCAAGUGACUCAGUGUUUGUGUAAAUGUAUUAAUGAUCAAUUGCUUCAAGAUUCCUUUUUAUCACCUCAACGAUUGAUUGGAGAAUAUGCUAUGCUGAUCUCCGUUCUAAAUACAAAUAUUGGUGAUGAAAUCGGUGGCCAUGUUGUGCAUCAAUUCGUGAAGAAAUUUGACUCUGUAAUGACAAAACUUACAGAUAGCAAAGAAGAUGAAGAAUCCAAGCUAAUGGACAAUUUGGUAUCUUUUAUUUCUUAUUUACAUGCAUGUGGAAUGAUUGACUCAAAUCUUAUAUUCGACAUCAUCGAUAAAUUAGUCAAUCGUUUCAACAGAAAGUGUAUUCAAGUGAUUUUACUGCAGCUCAGAAUGAUUGGAUUCGUCUUGAGGAGAAGUGAUCCAAGCAGACUGAAAAAAAUGAUUGAAAAUAUUCAAUCUCAAGCAGUUAAAUACGAGACAACAGAUAAAAGAAUUAGCUUCAUGCUAGAAGCUUUAUCUGCUAUAAAAAACAACAACAUAAUCAAAUUAAACAGUCUAAAUGAGGAUAGUCCCAUAUGUUCAGUGGAUAUAAAUUCACUUCGAGCAACAAUAAAAAAUGGAUUAAGAACAAAAACAAAGGUGUCUUAUAUACCCGGUAAAUUUGAAGAAGUGAUUCAAAAUAAUCGUUGGUGGAUUAAUGGUGGACUAACUCUAAAAGAAUCAAAGACUGAGACUAAAGAACCAUCAUCAGAGGAAAUUAAAAUUUCCGAGCCAAAAACUGUCGAGUCGGAUAUUGGUGAAAAAUUAUGUGCUAAAUUACGUCUAGUGACACCUCUUCGUAAAGCAAUUUUGAAGUCUUUAAUCACAUGUGAAGAUUAUAUUGAAUGUACCCAAAGAUUAAUCAAAGUUGGUGGUAAAAACUUCAUAGAAGUCAUGAAUGUUUGUCUUCUAGUUGCUCUCAAGGAGAAAAAAUUUAAUCCAUUCUAUAUUUACUUGUUCAAGCAAUUGUCCUCUGGAGAUCGAAAAUACAAAAUGGCAUUAAUUUACUCUCUCAAAGAUCGAUUGAACGAACCAGAACGACUUUCUAAAAUUGAAAAGUCAAACAUGUGCAAAUAUAUUGUAGAGCUAUUGAAACUUGACGUGAUUCCAAUCACAGUUCUCAAAAACUUCCAAUUCAACGAUCUCAGCGAGGAAUCAGUUGACUUACUCAAAUCUAUUUUAAUACCUGUCUUCACUUCGGAUGAACCAAUUAUAACCAAAAUCCUAUCAAAGUUAAAACCCAAGGAUCCGUUUACAGUUGCUUUGAAACUGUUCAUUUCUUGUUUCAUGGAUCCACAGUAUAAAGAGAAAAUGCUAUUUUUGAAAAAAUAGUUUCACCUUAACUUACCAAUCAAUUAAAAUUCAAUUCUUUUAUCUGUAUAAAUGCUUGUUAAGUAAAAUUUCAAAUAAAACUUGGUUUAUCUCCAAACUAUUCAUGAGUAUCA